AUGCGGGUGCCCUGUCAUCAUUUGUGCAUUGGAGAAGCCGUCCAUGCUCAAACAAGAUGGCGCGCCAUACAAGAAGAAGCUGCCAGCAUUCUGGCCACAAUGAUGGGCUUGACUUUUUCGCCUCCGCUCGUGCUCGCUUCUAUGCGUCGGCUGGAGCCCUGUCACGGAGAGCUGCUGGGCUGUUUCGACGGUCCAGCUUUCGUUGGAAGAUCCCUGGAAUCAUGGUCCCGUGGACAGAACCGAAGCAGAUGGACGCCAACCUCAGCAUCCAAGGCCCAGUGCCCGCUAUGUCGUUCAGGGAUUCUCCAUCAUCACAAACCGCUGACUCCUCCAAGCUCCUCAGUGGCAGGGCUAGAACUGCAUGGUGCGCUCUCCGAUCAAAGCAUCUUCAAGUCUCGACUGCGCAGGUUUCGUGAUUGGACCAACCUGUCCGCGACUUAA